UACGUCAAUAAUUAUUUCGGACUGGCAUUUACAACGCGUGCCUAAAAGCCAACGCCAGUUAAACUCUGCACACUUUGUGCAACUUAUGUAAAGAUGAUCUGCUUAAAGUGACAUCAUCCCGGCAGAAUUGAAGCAACAAUCCAGUUUCGGACACAACAUGCUGUUUUCCUGGGGGAAGUUGCAACUGCGACGCAGCGGCAGGCUUCUGUUCGACAAGAAGAAGUUGACGUGUCCAAGAUGGCGGAGCAGCGGGCCGGGCGGAAGAAGGGUUGUCAUCACCGGCAUCGGCCUGGUCAGUCCUCUCGGCACCGGGACUAUGCUGCCCUGGAAGCGGCUCAUCCUCGGCCACAGCGGCAUUGUCGCCCUGGACUCGGAGGACUACAAAGCGAUCCCCUGCAAAGUCGCGGCUUUAGUGCCCAGAGGACGCGGGGAAGGUCUUUAUGACGAGACUCUGUUCGCCUCCGCCGGGGAGAUGCGGAGCAUGACGGGGGCCACAGUGAUGGCCCUCGGAGCCGCUCACCUGGCCCUGCAGGACGCAGCGUGGCGCCCCACGACCAGGGAGGAGCAACUGGCCAGCGGGGUGGCUGUGGGCAUGGGCAUGGUGCCGCUGGAGGAAAUCGCCUCCGCCUCCCUGGCCCUGCAAGAAAGGGGCUACAAGAAGGUCAGCCCCUUCUUCGUGCCCCGCAUCCUGGUCAACAUGCCCGCCGGGCACAUCAGCAUCAAGCACAAACUCAGGGGCCCCAACCACGCCGUGUCCACGGCCUGCACCACGGGCGCGCACGCCAUCGGCGACGCCGCCAGGUUCAUUGCCCGCGGUGAUGCGGUCGCCAUGGUUACAGGGGGUACCGAAUCCUGCGUGGGGCCCCUGGCGAUGGCCGGCUUCGCCCGGGCGCGGGCCCUCGCCACCAAAUGGAACCACGAUCCCAGACUGGCUUCCAGGCCCUUCCAUCCCGAAAGAGAGGGCUUCGUGAUGGGCGAGGGAGCGGCCGUGGUCCUGCUGGAGGAGCGGGACCACGCCGUCAACAGGGGGGCCCGGAUCUACGCCGAGGUCUUGGGGUAUGGGCUGUCGGGGGACGCCAGCCACAUUACCACACCCAGCGCCGACGGAGACGGGGCAUUUAGGUGCAUGUCAGCGGCCAUCAAAGACGCGGGCGUUUCACCCGAGGACGUGACGUACGUGAACGCCCACGCCACCUCCACACCUUUGGGCGACGCGGCGGAAAACGCCGCCAUCAAGAGGCUGUUUGGCCCACACGCUGCACGUCUGGCCGUGUCGUCCACCAAGGGCGCCACGGGACACCUGCUGGGGGCGGCGGGGGCCCUGGAGGCCGCCUUCACCGCGCUGGCCUGUUACCACGGCGUCCUGCCUCCCACGCUCAACCUGGACCACACCCACCCGGACUUCAACCUCAACUACGUCCCCUGCACGGCGCAGACCUGGCGGACUUCGGGCAGACGUGUGGCGCUCUCUAACUCUUUUGGAUUCGGGGGGACAAACGCCACUCUGUGUCUUGCCAGUGCGUAGCCUGCUCCAGCACUUUUUCACAGGUGGCCACACCAAUAUGUCCUGAUUUGGAAUAAAGGUGUGCAUCAUAGAGUAUUUCCUUGCAUUGUCGCCAGGGCGCUAAUUAAUUUAAAACCUCUUACCAAAGGCAUGCGGUAAAGGCAAGCAUGCGCUAAUUAUUUUAAAGCCUCUUCUCACUCCGGCGCUUGCCAAAGGCAUGCGGUAAAUUUAGGCCUGCGCUUAAAAAUUUGAGUGUGAUAUAAGGAUACCAUCACAAAAAGCACAUUUAUUUAAAAAAAACGUUAUUAUGGUCUUGCCUUUACUUAUAAAUGAAGUCCAUGCGCAGCUCCUUCUGAUCAAAAGCAUCGAUAACUUGUUUAUAGAAGUCUUCCUUAUCUUUCUUCAGUUUUAUAAGUCUGUCUCGAUGCAGAUCUUCCUUUAUUACUUCCUGCUUCGAUUGAAAGUCUAGUUUAGAAAACUGUUUUAUUUUAGAUAUGUAAUCCUCCAUGUUAAAAGUGCAAGCGAGAGGAAAAAAUAAACGAUCGCUGCUUGUUGUCACUUCUUCCGCAGCCGAGUAGUCGCAAGAAGGAUCACUAGCGCCCUCUACCACCAGGAGACGGGAGUCAUUUAAUGACUCAUAUUUGACACACGCAGCUACGGUAUAUUAAUAAAACAUAGCUGCUUACUGUUCUUUUCAGCAUAUUCAAUAGCUUGGACCUUAAAUCCUACUGAAUAGCUCUUAAUCUUCUUCCCUUUAUGCGAUUUCAAAUGAUUGAAAUCAGCCUCCUCCAUUUUGAAAAUGAUGACAGGUGAAGUGUCACUCGUGACGUGACGAGUUUGACCCGGGGGAAAUUCGAGACAUGGCCAUACUAUAUACCCUGCGGCAAUUCAAGGAAAUAUGGUAUAUUACAAAGCAUUACAUUACAGAAGAAAAUGUCAAGAGUCUCCUUUCAGAGUUCCUGCUAAAAAUUGACGUACGGUCAAAUCCAGAAAACUACUUGCGUAUUAAAUCAGGGGUGGCGAUUACGUGGAUGGUUAGCUAGCGGUGGAUGGUGGAGGGUGUGUCACUCCAUCGCCAGCCAGGCAUUCAAAAAAUAGCCCUAAAAAUGAGCGCUCAUCAAUCUUCACCAAGACGUGACUUGAUUGACAUCCACGGCACCCGAGUGAGAUGACGCUGGCUGCUGCCGGAUCAUUGUUAAGAAAAAACGACCGACAGGAAGGACGAGAACAUACUUGCCAACCUUGAGACCUCCGAUUACGUGACUGCUGUUGUUGUGUGUUGUUGCCGCGCUGGGAGGUCGUUAAUGAAACUGCCUAACAAUAAACCCACAUAAGAAACCAAGAA